CACGCGUGUGUAAGUCAGUUCUGUCCAGCCGUCCAUGCACCUGACCUUAUACGUGUCCAAUCGUGCCUAUAUCUGCAUCUGUCCAUUCGUGCCUACUGCACCUGUCCAUUUGUGCCUGCAUCUGUCCAUUUGUGCCUGCAUCUGUCCAUCCGUGCCUACACCUGUCCAUCCGUGCCUACACCUGUCCACUUGUCAAACGACACUCGGAAAAUGGAUGGGGAAAUGAAGCACAACCGUCGUCUACGCGACAAAGAGAACGAAGUCCUAGGAUGUGAGGGCGAAACUCCAACGAAGAAGUUGAAGCGAGGGGCAGACGAGGUGCCGAGGGCAGAGUUUGGUCCUCAGGACUUGGCGGUUGAGAACAGUCGAGGGGAAAUGGGUGAGGGAGAAAUGGGUAACGUCGUUGAUGGUGAAAAAAGUAACGGUAACGUUCGAGGAGAAAUGGAUGCUGGAGAAAAGAGUAACGUUCAAGGAGGAAUGGAUGGUGGAGAAAAGAGUAACGUUCAAGGAGAAAUUGAUGGUGGAGAAAAGAGUAACGUUCAAGGAGAAAUGGAUGUUGGAGAAAAGAGUAAUGCUCAAGAAGAAAUGGAUGCUGGAGAUAAGAAUAAUGCUCAAGAAGAAAUGAAUGAUGGAGAAAAGAGUAACGUUCAAGGAGAAAUGGAUGCUGGAGAAGAGAGUAACGUUCAAGGAGAAAUGGACGUUGGAGAAAAGAGUAACGUCAUUAAUGUGAGUAAGGAGAAAGGUCGAGAAGAGAAAGGUGAUCUUGAAGAGAAAAGUGAACGAGAAGACGAACGUGAUGACGACGAUCAUGUCGAACAAAAAAGAGACUACGAUGAUGCGAUGCCAGAAUGCGAGGAUGAUAGCGACGAUGAUGGUGAGCAGGAAAGAGGAAGUGGCGAUGAUGAUGAGCAGGAAGGGGGAAGUGGCGAUAAUGAUGACGAGCAGGAAGGAGGAAGUGGCGAUACUGAUGACGAGCAGGAAGGAGGAAGUGGCGAUUAUCAGCCGCGGUCCGAGUGCGACGAUCAGCCGCGGUCCGAGUGCGACGAUCAGCCGCGGUCCGAGUGCGACGAUCAGCCGCGGUCCGAGUGCGACGAUCAGCCGCGGUCCGAGGGCGACGAUCAGCCGCUCGAGGGGACCUGUCCACCGUCCGGAGUUGCAAGAGGAGCGCGACACGCAGCGUCUGGAGCAGCAACCCAGACAGGAGACUCUCCAGGACAAGAUUCAGACGACUCGGUGCCUAGCACGGAACUUCUUCAGGAUUACGUCUAUGUGAACGCCGGUAACGUUUCUGUUGAAGCCACCGACCUGCAACCCCAAGCUGUGGCUUUAGCCGCCGCUCAACCCAGCCCAGGCGCAAUCGCCGGCGCUCAACCUAGCCCAGGCACCAUCGCCCCCGCUCAGCCCAGCCCAGGCGCCAUCGCUCCCGCCCAGCCCAGCCCAGGCGCAAUCGCUCCCGCCCAGCCCAGCCCAGGCGCCAUCGCCCCCGCCCAGCCCAUCCCCCGCUCAACCCAGCCCAGCCCAGGCGCCAUCGCCCCCGCUCAACCCAGCCCAGGCGCCAUCGCCCCCACUCAACCCAGCCCAGGCGCCAUCGCCCCCGCUCAACCCAGCCCAGUCGUGACAGAAGACAACCCGCCAUCAGAGGAUCAUUACCAGGUGUUGGUACGCUCGCACGAACCACCAAGCUUCAUCCACCCAACAUUUGGUCCACCCAUCCUAAGCCAUGCAACAAAAGCUUGCACCGUGCCGCCUAAAAGCAAAAAAUCUGUUCGAACGAAGGCCUUUGGGGACAAAACGAAAACAGUUGCAAAUCUGAAGGAAAUUGUUAAGAAAAGUAAGAACAAUAGAAGUCCAUUCAGGCUAACAUCUGUGAAGAAGCCUUCCCCCGCGUCAGGUCGCCGCACAAGAAGCACCAAAGCCGACACGACCGAGCGAUCCAAUCGCGCUGUGAGACAAUACGGCGACGCCGCCAAGACCGGAGUACAAGAAGCUCAAGAUCUAAACAUGUGCAUGAUAGGAACUCCAGUUCAGGAGCAACGAGAAAAAUGA